AUGAAAGUUGACUUUUUGAACGAAGAUGAACAGGAAAUGAGCGAUGGCAUGCAGAUCAUUGCCAACGACGGGCAAGUCGUGAAAGAAGAAGAGCAGGCCACGAGCGAGGGUAAGCAACUCGCGAAAGACGAAAAGCAGAUUGAUAUCCCGACUACGCUAGCAGGCUUCCACGAACAAAUUCGCCGCUGUCGAACCGGAAAAAAGCCAGAGGCUUGGAUUAGAGUACUCUACUGGGCUGACAAAGCUCUUGAAUUGAUCCAGAGUAAAGGUGGCUACACGGCACUGGAGGAAGCUGACUUUCAUGACUAUCGGGUUAGAAUGUUGCUUUCGUUGGGCCAGCAGAACUCGGCAGCUGAGGCAGCGAUUCGGGCCAGCGAGCUUCUGCGAGAGCACAUCCGGUCGACGUCAGAGUCUGAUCCAGCUGACGGACUCUGA